UUUGGAACCACUAACCCGGUUGUACACUUAUCACCAUGGUUGAGACCCGUAGUGGGAAGGAGACUAGCCCCUACACCACUGAGCAGCAAGAAAAAAUGGCCGCCUUAGUCAGAGAGAAUAAGGAGAGGAAAGAGCGUGAAAAGCAAGCCAAGCUAAAGGCUAUAGCAGACGAGCAGGCGGCGAAGAUGAAGAGAUUGGAGGAGGAGAUGAAGAGGGUACAACAGGAGGAGGAAGAAAGAAGGAAGGCUGCUGAAGCAGAAGCGGCAGUAGAAGAAGAGAAAGAGAGGAUGAUAAUUGAGAAUGGGGAAGGAAGUAGUGGUGGCACGAUGAAGUGGGAGACAAAUACUGAGCUGGAGAAGAAGAUCAGCGAGUGGGUCGCUAAUUUAUCRUUGGGGGAAGACGAGGAGGCGGAGUCCUAUGAGUGUAGAGCGGAGGUGCUGGCCCAGCCAGAUGAUAAGGCCAAGUGGGACAAAGUACUCGGCUAUCUAGAGGUGUUGUGCAAGGCCUGGAUGGAGGAGCGCCAGUCAAGCUGGAGCCAGGAUGUAGCGUUAGGUGUCAUGCGGUCCGGGUUCAGGGAUUUUGCGCGCGAAAUCGUUACCUAUAUUGGGGGUGAAGUCAAGCAAUUGAGAGACAACGUAGGGAAGUUUUGUGAGGGCGCCAUUCAGGGUGCCAAAGCUGCAGCCGCUGUAGAAGGAGAGGCCAGACCCCGUAAGGACCCAGUGAAACUUAAGUUCCCAGACGCGUACGGGGGGAAGAAGGACGAGAACUUUGACAACUGCGAGACCAGUGUCAAUAGUUACAUUUAUUUACAGCAUAUCCUGAUGGAGGAGCAAGUCCUCGUGGCCUUCCAGGCCCUGAAGGACGGAGCGGCUAGCUUCGCUAGGUCUCUCGCGCGUACAGCCGGUUGUGAAAACAACCUGGUUGCAUAUUCUAAAGUCACCCCUCUUUCUCAAUUCCUCAGGCUCCUCAAGGAGCAUUUCGCUGAUCCAACGAGAGGCAUAAGAGUCUCUGACAAGCUUCAAACGAUCCACUCACGGCAGUGGAGGAGUGCCAAGGCACUCAAGGGUACCAUGGACGACUUGGUAGCCGUCCCGGACCAUGGGGUCCCUGAGCCCCAGCUGGUUCAGUUGUUUUAUCGCGCCAUUCCAGAGGCCCUACGUGGGCAUUUCUUUGACAAGUCUCAGCAGGCCGGCAUCACAUACGAUCAAUUGAGUCGCGAAGUCGUUUUGUAUGAGUCGAAGUCUAUGCCAGUUACCACUUUCUGGCAUAAGGACUUAGAGAAGGGGAAGAAGUGGAAAAAUCGUACCAUCUCAGGCCAAGUAAAGGCCAAGGAUCACAUGAUCCUCACAUUAGAAAAAGGUGGUACCGAUGAGGUCCCAUAUGACCAGAUUGAGUGGGGCCUUGAAGAUGAUGGCAGUAGUGUAGGGCAGGGGAGGUCUUACGCUACUGUCGCGGCUGGAGGGAGGCCGCAAGGAGGAGGAGGAGGCCAGGGCCAAAGGGGCUAGACCAUGGGAGGCCGAGGACCGGGCGCACAGGGGGUUGGCAGACAGGGAAACCGCCAAGUGGGAGGUAGGGGUCAAGGUCCCCCGUCAAAUCGCCAGGGUAAUCGGUCCCCACAACGA